UAACCUUAAAAAUAAUAGGUUCAUUGCAUAUUCAUGUUAUUAUAUACCACAUCCCAGUGGUAUUAAUGUAUAUGUGCUAGCCUUUAAUAUAUAUUUUAUAUAUUUAGUACUAGUUGGCAUAGAAACAGUAUUGACUUAAAAUCAAACAAGUUCAUUUAAAGUGAAAUAUGAGAUUAAAGAAGAAUUUCUGGCCUAAAGUUCCUCAAGAUUGGGCAGUGACCACCUUCCUAUGGAUAAUAAUCCCCAUUGUGUAUUGGUUUGAACUAUUUGUUGUGUUACCAGUAUUUUACUCAAUAAUGAGUUUUUGGUAUUGUUUCCAUUUUAUACUGGGUACAUUCAUAUUGUUUAAUGUUGUGACAAAUUUCAUGGCUAUAAUAUUGAUAGACACAAGUAUUCAGGGAUUAAUCCUACCAACAGAUAUGUUGGGAAAUUGGAGGUUCUGUUCUGUGUGUGAAUGUAUUGCACCACCAAGAUCUUGGCAUUGUCCAAUAUGCAAUACAUGCAUUUUAAAGAGGGAUCAUCACUGCAUUUUCUCUGGCUGUUGUGUUGGCCAUAAUAAUUCAAGAUAUUUCAUAAUAUUUUUGAUUUAUAUGUUUAUUGCUACCAUCUAUGCAACUCCUUACAAUAUAUGUUUCAUAUAUAAUAUGAUAGAUAUAUCAUCAAUAAAAUCAGUAAUAUGUUUAAUUUUUCCUUUGGCUAUGGUUUUUGUGGAGUUUACUUGGAAUCAAUUCUUUAUGUUUCUGGUAUUAAUAAUAAUAGUUGGAAGUGCAUUUACUGGAUUUUUGUCAUAUUAUCAUAUACAUAUAUUAUGUAAAGGAUACAUAACGCCUGAGAAAAAAAUGAAAGUGAAGAUUUAUGACCUAGGAUUGAUGGACAAUAUAAAAGUGGUUUUUGGAGAAAGAUGGUAUUUAACAUGGUUAGCUCCAUUUGUGGAAAGUCAGGUGAAGCAUGAUGGAAUAAACUGGAAAGAAAUAGAAACUCAAAAAGAUAAAUAAUAUAUUUAUUUAGUUAUUAACAAAAAUAAAUAAUCUUAUGGCCCUGGACCAAAUGCAAAUUGUAACUUAAUUUCCUUAUUAAAUAGACAUAAUUGAUUA